AUGUCUAUUUAUGACCCUUUAGGAUUUUUGUUACCUUUUUUGAUUCAAUCAAGAUUUUUAAUGCAGAAAAUAUGGAAAAGUAAAAUACAUUGGGACGAUUUGAUUUCGAAUGACGAAUUUAUCGUGUGGAAAAAAUGGCUUCUCGAGUUAAAAAAUAUUGAGUCAGUUAAAAUUAAUCGUUGUUAUCAGUUGCGAGACUUUCAAAAAAAAGAUGCCGAGCUACACGUAUUUUGCGAUGCAAGCUCAAAUGCUUGCGCAGCUGUCUGUUACUGGCGCUUUCAUAUAGGCGAGGAAAGGUUUCACGUAGCUUUUGUGAUGGCGAAAAGUCGUGCUAUAGCUCUUAGCGACAAAAGUACGAUUCCUAGAUUAGAAUUACAAGCCGCCCUGAUUGGAGUGAGAUUAGCUGAAUUUGUCGUACGCGAACAUGAUUUUUUUGUUAAAAAGCGAUACUUUUGGUCAGAUUCUACAACUGUUUUGAGUUGGAUUCGAAAGAAUCCAUUAGAAUUCAAAAGUUUUGUCGCGAAUCGUGUUGGUGAAAUUCGUAAGAAAACAAAUCCGGAUGAGUGGCAUUGGGUAAGCUCAAGUCAAAAUGCAGCUGACGACGGUACGCGUUUUAGGCCGGAGGCUUUGCAAAAUAAAAGCCGCUGGUUAUCAGGUCCACCCUUUCUAUUUGAUUCGGAAAUUGACUUAAACAAUAAAUUAGAUUUGAGUAUCACCGAAAAGACAGUCGAGACGGAAAAAGAAUUUAUUACUGGAGAAGAAUUUAUUUUAUUGACUAAUCAUUUCUCUCCAUUAAUUGAUUUUAAUCGAUUCUCGACGUUUUUACGUUUGACGCUCACUUUAGCAAAAGCUCUUGAGAUUCUUGAUAUUUGGAUGAAAAGAAAUAUAAACUUAUUCGAAACUCGGACUGAACGUUUUGAAAGAGCAAAGAAAUUAGUGUUGAUUCAAAGUCAAGUUAUUUCCUUUCAGGCUGAAAUUGCCUCGUUAAAAUAUUCGGGUACGGUUCGUAAAAAUAGUAAAAUUACAAAUUUAUCUCCUUACGUCGAUGAAAAUGGUUUACUGCGAUCGGACAGUAGAAUCCAAAAUAAAAUCAAUCAGGAGCUUCGAAAAGAUCCGAUAAUACUCGAUGGCGAUGAAAGACUUUCGAGAUUAAUCAUUCAACAUUAUCACGAAGAAUUUUUUCACAUGCAUCACGAAGCGGUUAUCAAUGAAAUUCGUCAGCUGUAUUUCAUUAUUGGUUUACGUCGCGUUUUUAGAAGUAUCGUUGCGCAUUGUCCGACGUGUCGACAAUUAAGAGCAAAACCAUAUCAACCACGAAUGUGUGCUCUACCCGAUGCUAGGCUGGCUUAUCGAAUGAGGCCUUUCAGUCAUUGCGGUCUCGAUUACUUUGGACCUAUUUGGGUAAAAAUAGGACGAAGAAAAGAGAAACGGUGGGGAGCGAUAUUUACCUGCAUGACGGUUCGGGCAAUACACAUCGAAUUGGUCGAUAAUUUGAGCGCGGAUUCUGCGAUCAUGGCUUUACGUAGAUUUUCGGCAUUGAGAGGUUUCCCGGUGUAUAUUUAUUCUGAUAAUGGAACAUGUUUCGUUGGAGCUAAUAGAGAAUUGUUAGAGGCGAUCGAAUCAAUUGACUAUGCAAAAUUGUUUCAAUUUACGUCAAAAAAUAAUAUAGUUUGGAAGUUUAAUCCACCUACAGCCUCCAACAUGGGAGGGGCGUGGGAGAGACUUAUCAGGUCGGUGAAGUGUGCGUUAGCGGCUACUAUUAGACAUAGGCAUCCAAAAGAAGAAACCUUACGUACCAUUUUAGCGGAAAUUGAACAUAGUGUAAAUUCUAGGCCAUUAACGCACGUUUCAGCCGACCCUCAUGAUUUGGAAGCUCUCACCCCAAAUCAUUUCCUGAUUGGAUCCUCUUCAGGACAAUUAUGUUUACCACGAUAUACUUAUAAAAAUUUAGACUUAAAGAAAGAAUGGAAAAAAGCUCAAAUGUACGCGGAUGAAUUCUGGAAUCGAUGGUUACGCGAAUAUCUUCCAACAUUACAUUCUAGAAAGAAAUGGCAAAAGGACCAACCUCAAUUAAAAAUAAACGAUUUAGUUAUAAUUACCGAUGAAAAUGUACCAAGAAACUGUUGGAAAAAGGGAAUUGUAAUUCGUGUUUUACCAGGCGCCGAUAAUAGAGUAAGAGUUGUUGAACUAAGAACGGAAAACGGAGUGUUAACAAGACCUAGUAAUAAAUUAGUUAAGUACGCAUGA